AUGCCAAACAACAAGAAGAAAGCUGCAAAAGGAUGUCGCGAUAUUCGAGAUCUUUUGGCUCCACUGGUUCCUUCAAACAGAAACUCGAUUUUUCCUCCUUCAUCCAAUCGCCCUCGAGUCCAACAGCCUCUAGCCCAAAGAGGCAACAAAAACAACAAUACUGAUUGUAGUCGCAACACUGGCACCAACACUGGUGCCAAUGCUAGUGGUGGUGUCUCUAAAUCCGGUCACGCCAAGACCUGCAACAGCGGCAAUGCCGCAGGGAAAGAAAAUGGUCCGGUGCAAGUCCACCACACCGGCCGCAGCGAUAGCAGCAGCAACAACAACAACCAAAACAACAAUGGAAACUACAAACAGAGUCGUGGCGGUGCAAGCGCCACACCAAGCGUCAGAACUGUGGCCAAUGCUAGCGCUGGUGUCACUAAAUCCAGUCAUGCCGCCGCUGCCGCCGACGACGAUCUUGAGAUCGACAGCGACAACAGCAGCAACAACACUCUAUCCAGUUCUGCAAGCAAAAACAACAAUGACAACAAAGACGAAGACGAGGGAAGCGGCAACAACUACUACAGCGCUCUAUCCCGACUUGCAAGCGAAAACAACAAUGACGAUGCGACCGAUCACGCGACCGAUGAUCCCACCACCACCACUCCCGUGAAAUCUUCUACUGUCCAGUGGAAGGGUGCUACCUACAGCUUUGGAGAGCCUCCUCUAGUCUCAUCAGUCGAAGAAUGUCUUGCAAGCUACAAACGCAAGUCAGGGAUCGAUAAGCUGCUGAAUCAAGUACAAGAUUUCUCCACCUAUGUCAUGCUACGGUCGCUAGACGAGAUUCUUCAAAGCUUUCUUGAGCGCAAGUUCAUUGCCAUGCAAAAUGAAACAGAUCCAGCCUUGACGUGGAAGAUUGCUCGACUCAAGUCUGGAACUUCUGACACUGCUGGAGUCUACGGUGUUGCCUACACAAAGAAGAAGAAGCCAACCGUUGUCUCUGCCAUGAAGACAAAGAUUGGCAUGUCACUGGUAGGAUGUCAUGACCAGGCCAUGAAGCAGAAUGCGCCUGUAGCUGCCUUGGUGAUGGAUUUGGAACGAUGCCUUGCUGCAGUGCCACCAAAAACCAUUCAACGAAUUGUGGAUCUUGGAUUGCCCGGUCUGUUUGUGCACAAUGAUCGUCGCUUGUCCGUUGUUCACUUGAUUGCUCUACAGCUCUGUGAGACUCUUCAUGCUUGUGGACGUCACUUGUACUGGAACCGUCCGUGA